AUAUUUCGAGUGAGUUUUAGGGUUUAUGCCAAUGGCGCCUAAGCAGAGAGGCGUGGCACUGGUGCGUUUGUCUGCAGAGGAAGAGAAGGCGCUCUCUCGGAUCGUCGGUAAUGUCGCCUCGAAAUCAAGCUCCAGCGGCGGCGAGAUCGUCGAUAAGAAGCAGGCUGUGAAGAAGCUGAGGAAGAUUUAUGAUAGUCUAGGGAAUGAGGGAUUCACUGCUGAGCAGAUCGAGCUUGCUCUAGCCGCCAUUCCGCUGAGCAACGUUACAUUGGAGACCGCAUUGGAUUGGCUUUGUCUUAAUAUUCACCCGAAUGAGCUGCCUCUAAAGUUUAGUACCGGAUUCUCUGUAGAUGAUAAAGGGGGUUCUAUCCAGGUUUUGGCAUCAUCUCAAGGCGAUUCAAGUAAAUCCUCCGAAAGCAUCAGAGAAAAGAGCGAUUUUACAGAUCUCUUGCAACUUAAUGCGAAGGAGAAGCGAAAAACCUCAGAGAACGAUGCUGACAAAGAUUGGAUACGGCAAUAUGUUGCUCAACAAGAGGAGGAGAAAGAAGACGACAGUCAGAGCGAUCUUUCAGACUGGGAGGAGCGCGUGGAUGGCAAGUUUUCCCGACAUAGAAACGAUCCACUUGAUUCAGCAGAGAAAAUUGCACUGGCAUUUGUAUCUGCAAAACAAGCUGCAUCAGAAGCCAAGGCGAGAGGAGACAAGCAACGUCAGAGCGAGGCAGGGAAGACCAUUAGAGAUCUCAAGGAGAAAAUGCUUUCACUUGGGCUAAAUGAAGACGAUUUAGUUUCUUCUGUGGAGGCUCGAACGGCUUCAAGUGAUCAACCGAUCGAGGAUGAAGUGACUUCAGUUGGCCAACCGAGCGAGGAUCAAGCGGCUGCAAGUGUUCAACCGAGCGAGGAUCAAGUUGCUCCGAUUGCUACUAUUGAUCAAGAAAGCUCGCUUGUGGACGCUGGCCGUGAUUCUGAGAAUAAGCAACAGCUGACGGAACAUUCUGAUGAUAAAGCUGUGGAAGACGAGGAAAAUCUAGGUGGAAUGUUUGACGAAGAAUCUGCGCAAGCUGUGAGCAUUCCUCAGACGCUGCUCAAAUUGCAAAAGAAAGAGGAGAUCAAACCCUGGGGAAUGAAAGACUCCCGUGGUGACAAAAGCAAACGUAAAAAGGCAGUUAAUGAACCACAGAAAUUUCCACGAGCAAUUCUUCAACAAUAUUGCCAGAAAAAUGGAUGGGAAGCUCCUAAGUUUGAAAAGCUUGCUGCUCAACAAGGUGCUUACAACUAUGCGAUAACGGUAUUCCGUCCAAGAGUGGGACGUGGAAAACAAAAGAAAGGCGGCGGUCCAGUAACGUUUAGUUUUCCAGACGCGGAUCUUUUCAGCACAGUUUCGGAGGCACAAGAUGCUGUGGCCACUUGGAGCUUGUUUUCAUUAUUUCCCGAAGCACCUAUCUACCUUGAGUUGGUAGAACCUUUUCGAUCAAUGUGGCUACGUUGGCAUGAGCAAGGGAAAAUGGCAACGGAAGGCAGCACUGAAACUAGAGAUGAUUUUAUCAGCUCUCUUCUUGAGUCUGAAAGACCAAGAGUUUCUCCUGACGAGGCUGUACGUACUCCGGAGAGCACUUCAAAACCUUUCCAACCGCCUGUCAUCGUUCGUGAGCGCAAGAGUUUCAGGCAGACAAAUCAUGACGCUGUCAGCAGUCAUCUGAAGCUCAUUCAGGAAAGAAAAUUGAAAGACAAAAAAUAUCAGGCAAUGCUGUCUGCGCGUCAUUCACUACCUAUAGCGUCAGUUAAAGAAACAAUUCUCCAACACUUGGUUACGAGCAAUGUUCUCGUAGUGAGCGGUGAAACGGGAAGUGGGAAAACCACUCAGGUGCCACAGUACAUCUUGGAUGAUAUGAUCGCUGCUGGUCACGGUAGCUCAUGUAAAAUCAUCUGCACACAACCUCGUCGAAUUGCUGCUAUUUCCGUUUCUGAACGAGUGGCAAGUGAGCGAUGCGAGGCAGGACCCGGGGAAGCAGGAAGUACAGUGGGAUAUCAAGUUCGUCUGGAUGCCUCAUGGACUGAUGACACACGCCUUUUCUUUUGCACAACGGGUAUAUUGCUUCGGCGGCUUGCGAGUGACCCAGACCUUUGUGAUGUUUCACACGUUGUUGUCGACGAGGUGCACGAACGGACGGUUUUGGGUGAUUUUUUAAUCAGUCUGUUGCGAGACUUAGUGGCAAAGAGAAACGAGGACAAAAUGAACCCACUUAAAGUGAUCCUUAUGUCUGCGACACUGGAUGCUGACAGAUUUUCUCAGUACUUUGGAGGUUGUCCUGUGGUGGUUGCCACAGGGCGCACUUAUCCUGUGCAGACCUUCUACUUGGAGGAUAUAUACGAGCAACUGGAAUAUCGUCUCUCAUCUGAUAAUCCAGCAGCAUUGCAGAAUUAUUCAUCACAUGAUAAGAGGGCCUCUCAAAAUGUGGUUGACAAGAAUAGAGGACGGCAAGAUUUGGCCCGCAUGGGAUGGGGUGAUGACCAGAUACUUGAAAGCAGGCCGGUCAAUCCCCUCUACGAAGAAUCACUUUAUCGCAAGUAUUCCGAAAACACUCGGAAAAAUCUGGCGAACGUCAAUGAGGACGUGAUUGAUUAUGAGCUUCUCGAAGAUCUGAUCAUGCAUAUAAAUGAGACGGGAGAUCCUGGUGCCCUUUUAGUGUUUCUUCCGGGAAUGCCUGAAAUACUUCAGUUACUUGAUCGUUUAAUGGUACUGAAAACAUUCAGUGGUCCUGCAGCAGAGUGGCUUUUGCCGUUGCAUUCCUCGGUUGCUCCAGCAGACCAGCGAAAAGUUUUUCAAGUGCCUCCACGUGGAAUUCGCAAAAUUGUACUGGCCACGAAUAUUGCAGAAACAAGUGUGACAAUUGAAGACGUUGUUCACGUCAUAGAUUGUGGAAAGCACAAAGAAAAUCGUUUUGAACCCCGACGGAGAAUGUCGCGCAUGAUGGAGGCCUGGAUAUCACAAGCAAAUGCGCGGCAGCGCAGAGGACGAGCCGGACGAGUGAAAGCUGGGAACUGCUACUGUUUCUACACAGAGAGUCGUUUCGAUAAACUUAUGCGUCCAUUUCAGCUGCCGGAGAUGCUCCGUGUUCCUUUGGUGGAACUCUGUUUGCAAAUCAAGCUUCUUUCUGUGGAAAACGUGGCUUCAUUUCUUGAGAAGGCUUUGGAUCCACCCAAGACUGAAGCUGUCGAAAGUGCACUGUCCAUUCUUCGUGAGGUUGGAGCGCUCACCGAAGAAGAAUAUCUUACUCCACUAGGCAGUCAUUUAGCAGCACUCCCGGUAGACGUACACAUUGGCAAGAUGUUGCUGUAUGGCGCACUCCUUGGCUGUCUAAGUCCAGUUUUAACCAUAGCUGCUUAUUUGAGUCACAAGUCACCUUUCGUCGCCCCUCUUGGUCAGAGAGAUGCUGCUGAACGAGCUAAACACGCAUUUGGUGACUCAGCAGCGGAGAAAAGUACUAUCGCGUCUGGUAGACAGUCUGAUCACCUGGUCAUUGUAGCGGCUUAUGAAAACUGGAGACGGCUGGUUACUCAGGGAGGCGCAAGGGCUGCAAGACAGUUUUGUGAUGCGAGCUUUUUAAGUAUGCCCGUGCUAAACAUGCUGAGGGAAAUGCGACUGCAGUUUGCCAAGCUUCUGAAAGACAUUGGCUUCAUUUCCAAGGUUCCGGCUUUUCAAGUUUCUUAUCAUUGCAACUCGUUUUCUCAGGGCGAUAACCGGGCUGCGGACAUUGAUAAGUGCCUGGACGAGAUAAACCAGCCGUUCAACCAGAAUGCUCAAUCUGCAUCAGUCAUCAAGGCUGUUCUUUGUGCGGGACUCUAUCCCAAUGUGGCAACGAUGAUGGAGGAAAGUGUCAAGGCGGGACACGCAAACGCCCUCAAUCAACGCGCUGGCCUGGCGUCGGAAAAGAAUCCGCGGUGGACCGAUGGCCGCCGUGAAGUCUACGUUCAUCCUUCCUCCAUAAACUCUAAAGUGAAAGAGUUUCAGCACCCGUUCUUGGUGUUCCACGAAAAGGUGGAAACAAGUAGAGUUUAUUUGCGAGACACAACUGUUCUCUCUCCCUUUGCGCUUCUCCUCUUUGGUGGCUCCAUCAAAGUCCAACACCAGGUUGGAUAUGCGACUGUUGAUGACUGGAUGAAGAUCGACGUUCCAGCGCGAACUGCUGUGCUCUUCAAAGAGCUGCGGUCUUCACUGGAUUUGCUACUCAGCGAGCUGACCAAAUCACCUCAGGGAUUGUCAUCAGCUCGUGGAAAAGAAGUAGUAAACUCGGUGCUCAAACUUCUCGUUUUAGUGGAGCAGUGAUCAGGUUUAAUUAUAACUAAACUCGAAUUAUAAACAAAAGGAACAAAGUUUAGACCCUCCUUUUACCAGGUAGUUCUGAGAUAGAAAUAUUCGCAUGUAAGGGUUUAAAUCCUGAGCUCUAUCUUUAUCCAGUCAUCCAGGAAAGAACCUUUUGAUGCUUCUUCUCCACAAUCUUUUUUGGUUCCUCGACCAUAUCAAUUAGCAGAAUUGAUUAAUUAAUUAAU